UCUGACAGACCCUGGAGGACAUCUGUGUGAAAUGUGCUGGUAGUUUUAUUGACUUUAACAGACAUGGAGCCUCCAGAUUUCGAAGCCAUGAACUUCACGGUGGAGCCGGCGGCGGCAACGUACCCGUUAUGUGAGGAGUGGAGAGACUCCUCGGAGGGCUCCGUCUUCCACCUCGCCAAUAUUUUCCUCUUCCUCGGCUUCAUGGGCGGCAGCGGCUUUUAUGGGCUCAUCUACCUGUUCACCUUUCUGACUCUGGGCUUCUUCUGCAGCACUCUGUGGGCCUGGACGGACUCGUGCACCACCGACUCGUUCCUGUGGAGUUUCGCGCUGUUCGGGGUGUGUUUGGGACAAGUGCUGCAUGUUGCCUACCGGCUGAGGAGCGUCUCCUUCGAGAAGGAGUUCCAGGAGCUUUACAACUGUAUGUUUAAAAAACUCGGAGUGUCGCUUACACAUUUUGGGAAGAUAGUGGCCUGCUGUGACGGAGACAUCCACACCAUAGAGAGGGACCACUGCUUCGCCAUAGAAGGGAAAACCGCGAUAGACAAGCUGUCGGUGCUCCUGUCUGGCAGAAUCCGUGUGACAGUUAAUGGAGAGUUUCUGCAUUACAUCUACCCUUUCCAGUUUCUGGAUUCACCUGAGUGGGACUCUCUCAGACCAUCAGAGGAGGGCGUCUUCCAGGUGACCCUGCGUGCAGAUAACCCCUGCAGAUAUGUAGCGUGGAGGAGGAAGAAACUUUAUCUGCUUUUUGCUAAGCAUCGCUACAUAGCUAAAGUCUUUGCCCUGGUAGUACGCAAUGACAUUGCAGACAAGCUGUACUCCCUUAAUGACAAGGCUUUCGACAGGGCUGGGCACCGCUAUGAUCUCCGUUUACCAAGUUACUGUCACAUGCCGGGGACCGAAUUAGAAAAGGCAGAUGCCUUACUGCAAGUGCCAGUGCAGGGGGCAAGGACUGCCUGAACACACACACACACACACACACACACACACACACACACUGCUCCAAGCCAUAAACACUUAACUGACUCCUUGCAUGUAGGAAUAUGUGUCAGCUAGGUAGGGCUUGGUGUGGUUUUAUCUGUACCAUGAAGGGUAAGAGUUUCAAGUGAUGCUAUCUUAAAUCUGCCUGCAAGAUCAUUACACGUCUUUAUAUAAAUUACAUAGGUGGAGCUGACUGACUUGUCAACAAACACAGUGUGCCAGGUGAAGAGAAUACUCUCGGGAGACUAGACCAGGGUCAUGUGACUGAUAAAAAGCCUGAGACAUCCACAGGCUUUCAGGUAGCCUUACUAACUAGGCCAGUGUAACUUAUAAUGUUAGGAAGGAGCUUUUUGUUGGGCAGUUUGAGAUAGCAGGAAGAAGCCUUUCAACAUGUAGGUCAGAUUAUUUUGUAAAUAAUGUGAUGACAAUGUACUCUGUGUACCCUUCAGGGCAAAUGUAGGCUUUAAGUGAAGAGACAUUUUUUGGAUACUUGUGCUUUUUGUCUUUUGUUUGAUAUUUGUUUAAGGGCCUUUUUACACCUCCCUGUCUAAACCAAGGCCGAACAAGGUUUGCAUAUUUGGUACUUUGUAUACAUUUGAUUCAUACCUGACAUACCUAUAUCCUGUCGUCAUUAUCUACGUAGCCCGCGUCUCUAUGCUUGGUUUGUAGAUGGCCUAUUCCCUCCUCUAAUAUCCUCUCUCAUCCUCUUGGAAAAUAUUUGGAAAGUGUUUGAGUUUUUAGUGAGUUUUUCCAGCGAAUGAAGUCCUUCCCCCGUGUACUAUUGCAGCUCCUUUUGUUAUGUUGCAUUGUUCAUGGACAAAUUGAAACCUAUUUCUCUUAUUCUCGGAUCAUCAUCACCAGGGUAAUAAUAACAUUUUAAUGCAUCCAUGCCGGAAAUAGCUGUGGCCACAGGAAUCAUGUUUUCGGGUAUUUAAGGGUAUUUCUUCAGAUUUGGCAGAAAUAUCUACUUGGACUAAUCAAUGAACUGAUCACUUUUUGAUGGUCAUAGGUCAAAGGUCAGAGCCACUGUGACCUCGUCUUGCUCAUUCUCAUGAAUGUGAUAUCUCAAAUCUGAUUAGAUUUUAGUAGUCAAAGGUCAGUGUGACCUUGCAUCUGUCUCAUUCUCAUGAACACAAUAAUGAUAACUUGACUGGUGCACGGAGGCAGUAAUUCUAGUUUGGUUUUGAUGUCAUUACUCAAAAACUAUUUAGGGACAGUUGUUAUGUUGGUAACUUGCAUCUUUGUUCUGCUUGUUGACAGUCGGAAUGUUUUUGCAAGCAAUGAUAAAGUCUCAGAAUGGACUGAAACAUUAGACGUCAAAUGUCACAUCUGCUCUCACACACAGGGGUGACAGUAACAACAUGUAAUACCUUCAUAUGAAUACCAAGUACAGCAAUAAACUGCCAAAGAUGUAGAUAUAGUUCAAUUCAUCCAUUAAACAAUUAAUUCCAGAUUAUUCAAAAUUAAUAAUAUAAUCAAAAAAAUAUAAAAGCAUCAGUCUGUCUGUUGGCAGACAAAGAAGGAUCACCACAGAGCACGUUUCAUGAGUUUAUGGUUCUAUCUUGUUUCAGAUUGGUGCAAUUUGAAAUGUUAUAAACGUAAAUAUAUGUUAAAAAAAAAAAAGUCUCUAACCAAAUUUUGAAUAUGAGUUUUAUGGAGCCCAGAGGUGCUAUGGAGAGAAAACAAUACAUAAAAAGAGGCCAUGUUUUGUUUGUUUUUAAGUGUAAUGUUACAGAGAGUCGGCACAACAAACUAUCCUGUCCACAGGGGUGCAGUUAGAUUAAUGUUUGAAUUUAGUUUUGCAGCUUUUAUCCUCUGUAUCAAAGCCUCAAUUUCUCCCAGUUUUUGGAUAAGUUGAAAAGCUAAUUUAGGCAGAUAUUUCACAGUUUUCAUCAACUCACAAUAAUCAAUAAUAAUAAUAAUAAUAAUAAUAAGAAGAAGAUGGUUAAAUCAUGGUUAUGAAUGAUCUAUGUCCUGGCUGGUGCACAUUUCAAGGUCGAUAAUAGCAAAUGGCCCAGCUUGACUAGGUAUUUAAUUGGACUACUGUCCUUGUCCCAGUAUACAAGCACAGCAGAGGAGUUGAUUUAUUUCACUUAAGUAUCAAUCAAUCAAUCAAUUUUACUUAUAAAGCCCAAUAUCACAAAUCACAAUUUGCCUCACAGGGCUUUACAGCAUACGACAUCCCUCUGUCCUUAGGACCCUCGCAGCGGAUAAGGAAAAACUCCCCCCAAAAAAACCCUUUAAUGGAUCCAAUUGAUUGUAAACGUGGGAGUAAUUCGACUUCCAAUUGCAUUAUCUGGGUGUGUUAGUUAGACUUUGAGAAAUUCAAUUUAGUAUGAUCUCAGUCAAACUAACAUGUUGAUAUGUACUUUAAAAGUCUGGUUUUAGUCAGACUAACAAAAUAAAUUGAUUUCUCUAAUGUCAUAUAAACAUACUGAGUGAAGGACUCUGAGGGUGAAGUACCUGAACCAUGGCCCUGCUUGAAUCAUACAUUCAUACAAUUAUCAUCAGUAUACAUGAUGACAUUCAAAUACUUUCAUAUUGAAUCAUUUUUCAAUCCAUAUUGUGACAUUGACAUUGCUUUUUAAAAACGUGAUGACUGUUAACAAGUCAAACAGAUACAUAUCUACAUAAAAAACUGUAUCCAAAUAGAAGAGGUUUUUGAGUAAUGACAUUGUUACUACUGCCCUGGUCUCCCCUAAUCAACUCUGCGUUUCCAGUCGCAGAGACCAAACAACUCAAAUCCCGGAGAAAUGCUGAUUGUUUGGGGUCAGAUCAUGUUGGUCUUGUGGGGACAAUACACAACAAGACAAAACUAAAUGUAAACACUGUCAGAACACAGCCGAGUGUAUUGCAGCCUCUACAGAAACGUUCAGUGCUGUGUGUGUGUGUGUGUGUGUGUGUGUGUGUGUGUGUGUGUGUGUGGAGAGCUAGGAGGGAGAGAGAGACGGUCUGUUUAUAUUGGAGACAGUGAGCUGGAUGUCAUGUUAUCAGUAAACCAUGAAUGUAACUAUGAAUAUUUAGUGUGAGCUACAAUUUGUCAGAACUACCAGACCAGUGAACUCAGUCAAAAGCACAUGCCCCGUGCACAGCACUGUCAGUCCUGAUAACUUGGUGCAGGUGAUGGAGGUGAUAAAUAGAUGCACCGCACACAGGAGGGCUUCUUCUUUUAAUUUAAUCUUCGCCCAUGGCUUCAUCAGGUCAUCAUCUAUAGUGGUGUUCAAAUAAAUUGUCUCAAGUGUCUUAAGUCAUCGACCGUUAAUCUAACACUGCAGAUGUGGAAGUGUGGAUGUGUCUUGUAAUG